AAUAUUUAUUAUUUAAGUAUAGUGUAAGUAAUAAUUAUACUAUUUAUGUGAUACUAUUCAAGUAAAGACCAUAAAAUAGAGAUUAAAACAUUUAAAACGGGCACGGUUGUGAAUUCAUUUCUCAUCUGAAAUUUGUAUAUUUGUCGGAUCACUAAUAUUCAUCACUCGAAAAAAUGAACGGUUUAAGUUUGUUCAAAAAAACUGUUCCCAGGAAUGUGAACUUAUUAAAACAGAUUCGACCUCUACAUGUAUCAUCUGCACAAGCCAAGGCUGUAGCUCCACGAGAAUCGCUAAACUCUGACUAUGUAGUAGAUUUACAUUAUGAUUUCCAUUAUCGUGAUCAAAUACCAUUUACAGCUAAGGAUAAGAGGAAUAAUACUAUUGCAGACGUUUCUAUGGGAAUAGUUUUGGCAUUUGUUUUGUAUAAAUGUUACUCUGAACCUGAACAUUUGCUUGGAGAAUUUCCAUACCCUGAUUCUUCGGAGUGGACUGAUGAAGAAUUAGGAGUACCACCAAUUGAAUAAUUAUAUAUCAUUAUUUAAAUAAUUAAAUGUAGUAUAAUACAUAUAAUCCAGAAAAAAUUGUAUUGUGAAUUAUCCAAAAAUAAAUAUUACAUUGCUUGUUA